CUCUCGCUGUGCUUGCUGCUGAUUCAGUCACUGUUUUGCUGUUUUUGUAGGGUCUCCCUGUCUCUUCGUUCAAUUCUAACUUUUUUAGUAAAUCGUGCUGCACGGUUCACGGUUUGCUUCUGUAUCUAGUGCAUUCUGCGAUUUUCUUUGUAAAGGGCCGAAUUAUUUUCGGAACCCCUUAACCACUGAAGUGUGCGCUAAAAGAAUGAAUCACUCCAGUCCAUUAAAUGAAAAUCCAGAUCCAAACCAAGCAAGCCAGUGUGUAAAGGUAUUCGUUCAACGAGAUUAUAGUGAUGGCACUAUGAUCAAAUUUCAGAAUCGGUUUCCAGCCGAACUGGAGGACAAGAUUGAGCGGCAAGCAUUUGAAUACACAAUCAAUCAGAUGAACGCAUAUUUUAUGGAAGCAGAGGAAGCUUCUUGUGGUACCUAUUGUGAAGGAUGUAUAGCAUGUCUCACAGCAUAUCUUAUGUACAUGUGUGUUCAAACACACUUUGAGAAGUGCUUACGAAAAAUUGCAAAAUUUGUGGUGGAACAGAAUGAAAGAGUAUAUCAGCCUCGUGGCCUUCUCCUCACAAACCCUGUUGAUAGAGGAUUGAGAGUUAUUGAAAUUACAAUAUUGGAUCAGGCUGUGGUACCAAGAACAUGACUAUCAUCUUCAGUUUCUAGGGAAGAAUUCUUCAUGUAAGCGCUUAAAGGUAAACCCAUCUACCAUACCAUCGGUUAUUCUGAAACUGUCCUGGUUUCCUCCUUAAAUACCUCCAUACUUGAAUAUUGACAAUGCCUUUUUUUCAUGUUACAAAAAAUAUAAAAAUAUUGCGUUUUUUUUGGUUUUUUUUUUAACUUUUAAUAUUAAGAACAUUUGAUUACUCUCAAUGAGAGGAUGCUCCAGUCUUCAGUUAGUUUAUUAAUGCUUCUUGGUGGCCUCUCCAUUCUAAGUUAUGCUUCCCAUUAUUUUCUUUGUGCAUACCACUUUAAAAUAUGAUUUUAUUUGUAAUGUUUAGACCUAUUGAAAGUGGAAUUCAAUAAUUUAAGUCAAGGGGCGCCUCUGUCAUUGUUUCUGUGCUUUACCUUGACAUUAUUCCUUUGUAAGUUUAUAACGGGUAACAUUGUGCAUUACUAUACAUUCUUAAAUGUUUUGUGUGUUGCCCCUCUUUCUCUUAAUAACUAAGUGAAUAUUGCCAUAGCUAUCUCCAGAGGGAUAAUUCUUCAUCAACCUUGGAGUUCAGAUGGUAGUACAUGAGACUCAAAAUAACGUGUCUUUGAUUGUGAAGUUGUUUUGUAUAUUUUUUUAUUUGACAUGCUAACUAUUUAUUUUAGAGUAACUUGUUCACUCUUUAAACCUGAAUGUUGUGCAAUGUCUUUGAUUCAUCCUGUGAAAGUGUUGACCUCUGUUAAGAUAUUGACAUCAGUUAUUAUGCAUUGACUGAAUGACAUUUGAGGCAACCAUAGUAAUGUGUUGUUUAGGAUUUGUAGUAGAACUAGUAGGUGGAAGGAUGGUUUAUGAGUUCUGUUAUUGUUUAUAUUGUAUUGUACUGUUUUAAAUUCAUAGUAUAUUUAUGUUUUCAUUUACAAUAGUAGCCCUGCCAUUUUGCAAAGACUUACUACUAAUGUUAUCGUGUGCUAACUGUGUCCAAAGCCAAGAACACUUAAUCCUCUCUAAAAGUGCUAAACAUCUCUAUAAGUCGUUAAUAUGAAAUUACCUAUUGUAGGGGUUCAUUUGGUCCCCCCCCCUCUUCCCCCCAAUUGUCUUUUUAACCAAUUUAAUGGAAGACUUGUACCUCAUCCUUAGAGCAUUUCCAAAAUUCUGACUUGUGAGAAUACAGUCUGGCAUCAAUGAGGACAUAAUCAUGAACAACACAUUACAUCUCACUUCCAUAGAAGUUGAACAAUAUUAACUGCAUCAUGAAGUUCAAGAAAAUUGAAAACAUCACAUAAAAACAUUAAGUCAAUUUGUUUCAUACUCUGAUGUCUUCAUCAUGCCUAAUAGUGUACCUCUACAAAUAGGAUCCUGGCUUUUGCCUUGAAAUUAUUUGCUUGUUUUGUACUGCGUGUUGUGCAAUAUGGGAGUGAUUUACAGAUGAAUUGCUUUUGAUUGAAAGCUUAAGUACCUGAUUUAGAAGAAAAAAAUGUUGCUCAUUAUGAGUUUGCUGUAUUUCAGAAACUGCACUGUCUGAGAACAACAGUUGAUCAAUUUAAUUUUCAAGCUCAUUUAAGUCUUCAUUGGUCUAUCAUUGUCAUUAAAACUGAUAGAAAACAUUGUUUCACCAUCAGACAUUGAUAAAUGUGGAUGCAAUUACUCUUUUAAUCAGAAAUGGUAAAUAAAUAACAUGCUUAAAUUUUAA